AUGGCUUUGGCAAUAUUCAAUGAGUAUGCUGGGGUGCUUUCCAAUGUUAAUGCAUGUCGUGAAUUCUUCAGUUGGACGGCAUCAGUUAUAACGGCCACUCGUUCUUUACGGAACACCUCAGAGUUGCCAGAUGAAGACAAGACUGAAGGGCAAAUUGAGCGGCUGAAGGAUGAUCUUUGGAAGCUGGAGACAACAAUGCCCAAGAUGCUUGACCUCAUUGAUCGGGUCGAGUACCAAAGCCAUAAGAAACAAGCGGCUGAUCUCCUCCCGCAUAUCAAGAAUGCAGUCUUCGAAGCGGAGGACCUGCUUGAUGAGCUUGAUUACGACGCACUCAAGUGGAAACUUGAGUGCAGCAAGAAUUUGGGGCCAGAUCAAUUGCAUGAUACCUGUCUGGGAUUCUACGACAGUGUCAGAUCCAAUGGUUACAUCAGAAAAGUCAACAGAGUUCAGAAAAACCUAGAUCAUGUCCAUAAGCAGUCCAUGGAAAUGGGCUUGCACCAAGCGCAACUGAAGUUUGAUAAAUCAGUUAGGCCAGAAACAACUUCCAGCUUUAAUGAGGGAAAAAUGUUUGGUCGCAAAAAAGAAUUGAAGAAGUUGGUUGAAACACUAGGAGUUCGUGCCCCAAAGAGGGAAAGGACUGAAAGCAAAGCAAGAAUGACAGAGUUGCCUGUUUUGUCAAUUAUUGGGAUGGGAGGUGUUGGAAAGACAACAAUGGCCCAACACAUAUGCAAGGAUACAAAUGUAAAGACAGAUUUUGGCCCCAAAAAUAUAAUUUGGACAUGUGUUUCAGAUGACUUUGACAUUAAAAGGUUAAUGAAAGAGAUUAUAGAGCACCUUGGAGGUGAUGCGUCAUCUAAUAAUCUGAAUGUUCUUGAGAGAAAACUAAAAGGCUGUGUCAAGUCCAAAAAGUUUUUACUUGUCCUUGAUGACAUGUGGGAUGAUGUCUUGAAGGAUCAUGGGGUGGGAUGGAACAGUUUUUGUGCAUCUUUAAAAUAUGGUGCUGAAGGAAGUAGGAUUUUGGUCACCACUAGAUCUCCCGAGGUUGCUAAGCUAGUUAGCCUUAUGAAUAUUUAUGAGUUAAAGGGCUUACAAGCUGGGGUAUUCUGGGAUCUAUUCAAAUCUUGUGCAUUUGGAUCCACAAAUGCUUGCAACAACCGGGAGUCACUGGAGUGCAUUGGUGAGAAAAUUGUUCCAAAGCUGAAGGGCUCCCCAUUGGCUGCCAAGACUAUUGGACGCUUGCUGAGAAUGGAUCUAAGUACAACACAUUGGAAAAAUAUAAUGGAGAGUGAACUCUGGCAACUUGAACAAACGGAGACUGAUAUUCUGCCAGCCCUUCGACUGAGCUAUAUGUACCUACCACAGAAAUUGAAGAGAUGCUUCUCAAUUUGUGCAAUGUUUCCCAAGGAUCACAAAUUUGUGAAGGAUUUUCUAGCUGAUAUUUGGAUUGCACAAGGAUAUGCGUCGGGGCCCAAAGAAGCAUCACUGUGCUUUGAAGCCCUUGCAAAUCGUUCAUUCUUUCAGAAAGCAUCGCCGCACAGUGUUAAGUAUGUCAUUCAUGAUCUGAUGCAUGAUACGGCACAACUAGUCUCAAAGGAUGAGUGCUUCAUUAUAAAGCAUGCUAGUGACCUUGAUAAAGUUCCUUCAAAAGUCCGUCAUCUGUCAAUAUUCACAAACGGAGAUGUUAAGUGUUCUGAAUUGAAGAACAUAUGUAGCAAGAAAAAUUUGAGGUCUCUAGUGUGUGAUGAAUCAUAUAGCAAAUCAAAAGAUUUUGAGCCUGUGGUAAACUAUUGGUUCAAGGAACUAUUGAAAAUCCGUGUAUUGAGUUUUAAACUUUCCAAAGGAGGACAGCUACCUGAGAGCAUGGGCAACUCAAAGCAUCUGCGUUACCUAGGUUUACAUGGAACUUCUACUUUCAGCACACUCCCUUCAUCAGUUUGCCAUCUGCAUCAUCUCAAAGUUAUAGACUGUCGCAGCUGUGUGAUUGAAAGGUUUCCUCCAGGCUUCAGUGAUAUCCUCAGCUUAGAGAAAAUCAAUUCAAAGGGGCUUUCUUAUAACAAGGACAACUCUGGCAAGCUCUGCCUAAAAUGGCUCUGUAUGAAGACGAUGAAGAUGAUGGAAAAUCAGAUCGAAAUGUUACCUCACUGGAAGCUCCAACAUUUGAAUGUAGACUUUUACGGAGGCGAAUCUUAUCCUAGCUGGCUCCAGCCCAACCUCCUACCAAGGCUAAGUCUCCUUGGAUUUUAUAUGUGUCACCACUUGAAGAGCAUUCCAUUCUUUCUCCCGUUAGAGAGGUCACUUGACAAUACAGCUUGUUCAGACAACGUCAAUCGUCUUGAAGAGUUGAUCAUAAUGGGUUGUAGUCGAAUCAAUUGGCAAGGCUCGGUGGUCUUACCUACUUCUCUUAGAAAGCUAGUCCUUCAUAAUUCGGGCUAUUCCAUGGAUCACUUGGUGAGCAGCUUCAUUGACCUCACUUCCCUCACUUUUUUAAAUAUAAAGAACUGUGAAUCCUUAACAUCUAUUCCCCUGCACGUGUGGAGAAGCAAUCUUCCAUCUCUGGAGGAACUAGAUAUUCGUUCUUGUGAAAACCUUUCUUCAAUAGUCUCUGAAGCAAGUAACAGCAGCAGCAGUGUUACAGGAUUCUCAUCUCUUGCUAAGAUACGUAUUGAGAGGUGCUGCAAAUUAUUGACCUUUGAUGAAUUGCUGAAGCCAGAUUGUGUACCUGCUGUGAAGAUCGUCGCGGUUUCUGAUUGUAGAAUGUUGAUGUCCCUCUUUGUUGAUAGGCUCGCCUGGUUGCAGAAACUGGACAUUUCAGAUUGCUAUUUCAAGUUGAAUUCGCAGAGGGUAAUGAUAUUACCAUCCUCUCUUAAGCAGCUCUAUUUAUCGACUUGUGACGGCAUAGAAUCCAUCAACCUCGCCAAUAGCCAGUUGGGAAGUUCUCCAUUACUGGAGGUACUUAGCAUUAAGAACUGUCGAGGCCUCAAGUCCAUCGGUGGUGCAGCAGCUGUUGACAAAAUAAAGAAAGUGAAUAUACAGGAGUGUCCCGCGCUCAAUGAGAUACAACAGCCCCUCUGUCGCUGCCUGGUUGGCACUGCUGCUAAUGAGAUCAGAACUUGGCACCGAUUACAUGGGGAGAGGAACUUAACAGUGUGUCCGGUCUAA